UAUCUUCUUUUCUUAGGGUCACAUUUGGAAGCUCCCCACUCCCCAGCUGUUUUAGGGUUUCUCCUGAAAAUGGCAUUCGCUAAUCGAAUCCGAUCGAGCCUCCCUCUCCUCUCCAAGAUUCUCAAAUCCGAUUCAAUCUCCGCCGCCAAUGCCUCCGCCGCCCCCCGCGCUCUACUUUGCCCUACUUUCUCCGAUUCCGAGUUGUCGAGGAACUUUUCCACUGCUCCCGGUAAUAAGGAUGUGAAGGUCAAGGUGCCUUUGGCUUUGUUUGGGGGCUCUGGGAACUAUGCCUCUGCUUUGUACAUUGCUGCAGUGAAAACUAAUUCCUUGGACAAGGUUGAGUCUGAGAUUCUUGACUUUGUUGGGGCAAUGACGAAAAGUCCUACGUUUUCUCAGUUCGCAAAGGAUUUGUCAGUGCGUGCAGAUACUAGAAAGAAGGCAAUUGAAGAUAUUUCUGCUCAAGCUAAAUUUUCAGAAAUUACAAAGAACUUCUUGCUCGUCUUGGCUGAGAAUGGAAGGCUAAGGAACAUUGAUACCAUAGCGAAGAGAUUUGUGGAAUUGACCAUGGCACAUAAGGGAGUAGUGAAAGUUAUUGUGACAUCUGUCAUUCCCCUCCCUGCUGAAGAGGAGAAAGAAUUGAAGGAGACACUGCAGGACUUAAUUGGAAAAGGGAAGACAGUCAAGCUUGAACAGAAGAUCGAUACCAGUAUCAUGGGUGGGCUUGUGGUAGAGUUUCAGCAGAAGGUGUUUGACAUGUCCAUCAAGACUAGGGCACGCCAGUUUGAGAGGUACUUGCGGGAUCCCAUUCACUGGGACAACCUCUAAAUGGUGUUUGCCAACAAAGAAUCCUUUUUCCUGAUACAUAACUGUCAAAGCUCUAUGAAGGAAAGAAAUAUUGUUUAAUUUUGGUGCUUGAAUCCAGUUGUUUAAAAAGAUGGAAAGCCACAUGAUUGGUAUGACAUCAAUCUGCAAAUAAAAGAACGUUUUUAGGAAAUUGUUCUCGGCAGUUUAAGAGACUUGCCAGUUUUUGUUUGUCUUCCUAUUUUGGUGCUUUGAAGUUAUGACAAGUUCUGAUCUCAAUAAGAUUCAUUCAAUGAGAGAAGUACAUUGUCUUGUUCAA